CCACUAUCUUGAAGAAGUCUGGAAGGUGCUUCCACAGGCACACCAGGAGGGCUCUCCUGUUCUCUUUACAAAUGCAUUAGCUCACAGGUGAGAUGGCAGGCGCUGGGCCGCGCAAGGGCAGGAAAGAUGACAACGGCAUCGGCACAGCCAUCGACUUUGUGCUGUCCAAUGCCCGGCUGGUGCUGGGCGUGGGUGGAGCAGCUAUGCUGGGCAUUGCCACGCUGGCCGUCAAACGGAUGUAUGACCGCGCAAUCAGUGCUCCCAGCAGCCCCACUCGCUUGAGCCAGUCGGGAAAGAGAAGCUGGGAAGAACCAAACUGGCUGGGCUCCUCCUCGCGCUUACUGAGCCAUGACAUGAGGACUAACCUCAGCCGCUCCCUGCAGACCCUUCCCACCGAUGCUUCAUCUGCAGACACAGACUUUUUCCGACCGGCCAAGCCCAAGCCGUCUGCCAAGAGGAGUCAAGUGGAGCUGAAGAAGUCCCGCCUCCGUCUGUCUCUGCAAGAAAAGCUCUUUGCUUACUACCGCAGGAAAGUGGCCAUCCCAGCGGAGGAGCAGGCCCGGGCCAAGCAGGCAGCUGUGGAUAUCUGUGCUGAGCUGCGCAGCUUCCUACGUGCCAAGCUCCCAGACAUGCCCCUGCGUGACAUGUACCUCAGCGGCAGCCUUUAUGAUGAUCUGCAGGUAGUGACAGCUGAUCACAUCCAGCUCAUUGUGCCUCUGAUGCUGGAGCAGAACCUGUGGUCGUGCAUCCCUGGUGAGGACACUAUCAUGAACAUUCCUGGCUUCUACUUGGUGCGUAGGGAAAACCCGGAGUAUUUUCCCCGUGGGAGCAGCUACUGGGACCGCUGUGUGGUGGGAGGUUACCUCUCUCCCAAAGCCGUAGCAGACACCUUUGAGAAAGUCGUAGCUGGCUCCAUUAACUGGCCAGCAAUUGGCUCUCUCUUGGAUUACGUGAUCCGUCCAGCAGCUCCCCCAGCGGAUUUGACGCUGGAGGUCCAGUACGACCCCGGGCGGCACCUUUUUAUCGACUUCCUCCCGUCCCUGACGCUGGGUGACAUCAUACUUGUGGCCAAACCCCAUCGACUGGCCCAGAACGACAAUCUGUGGCGCCUGAGCCUGCGGCCAGCUGAGACCGCUCGCCUCCGGGCCCUGGACCAGUGCGAUUCUGGCUGCCGUUGCUUGUGCCUGAAGAUCUUGAAAGCAAUAUGCAAGUUAAACCCAGCCCUGGGGCACCUCACUGCCAGCCAGCUCACCAAUGUCAUCCUGCACCUAUCCCAGGAAGAGUCCGACUGGUCCCAGGACAUGCUGGCUGAUCGCUUCUUGCAGGCGCUGAAGGGGCUGAUCCGCUACUUGGAGGCAGGUGUCCUCCCUAGUGCCCUGAGCCCCAAGGUGAACUUGUUCUCAGAACUCACCCCUGAAGAAGUGGAUGAGUUGGGCUAUACCCUCUACAGCUCUCUGUCAGAGCCAGAGGUCUUGCUGCAGACAUAAUGGGGCCUUAGCUAGGGAAGUGCUGAUAGGGCUUAGCCAAGGUGGACAUUGAUUACUGCGAAAUAUGUCUCCUCCACUUCUCUCUCUCCCCCUUUUUCUGUCUCCUUUUGGUUCAUUAUUAUUUCCUGCUCUGGAGUUGGUGCUCCCACUGAAUUUCUUGGUGCUACUGGUCCAUUUCCACCAUCUCUGCCCCAACAAGUAUCCAUUGGCUAGGGUAAAGAGGCUAAAACUGUAGCUUUAAGACCUUCACCUAAAUUCUGCUGAUGUUUAAGUGUCUACCAAAAAAGAUAAACCAAACUAUGCACCAUUUUUUCCCUGUAGUACACUUACGGUAGUGAGUCCACUUUGAUCUUAAGAAGGUGGAACUGGGCUGGUAAAUCCAGUGAUUUUAGCAGACUUGCAUUGAGGUCCUUUCCUCCAGUCUCACUUUACCUCGUGUUUUUUUUCUCUUGCUGUACCACAGCCUCAAUUCCUUUUAUUUGUUUUCUUCUUUCAUCCUUUUGACCCAGUCCUGCAGGGCAGACUUAAGUGAGAUGUUUUGGGGUUUUGUGUUCUUGAGUGGAUAAUGAUUGCACUGACAGUAUUGAGGGUUGCAGGGCUUGGAACAGGAGAAAGGCCAUGGCUCCUGCUGCUAUGGAGCCUUCUCAUCCUUUGCAAACUGGGUUGAAGAGUAAGGGCUAAGGCCUGCCCAGACUGCUUCAGCACAACCUCCAGUAUGGGCAGUUCUCACUGAAGCUGUGGUAAGGGAGGAGGAAACCUUUCUGGUGUGGCUGUGAGGAGGCUGAAAGAGCAGGGCUUGCCAUUCCUGCCUAGCCAGAUCUGCUGGGUGUUGCUGGUGGGAAUGCAGUGCAGAAUGGCUCCUUAGACGUCUCUGGCCUAAAGGAAGAGGCUGACUGUAGGGAAGAGGUUGGAGACAAAUGGGAACUGGGUUUGGGGUUUUUUUUUUCAUGUUUUCCCCAAGAGCUUAUGUCUGUUGUGGCUUACAGGAGGUGGAAGCAAGACUGUGUGCCUGAAAAGGGCUUUGUGAUAAGCACAUGUAAACCAGAUUCUCACCAGCUGUAAGCCUGUGAAGGUGAUAGGACUGAACUGGUGUCAUCAGUGAGCUUCUGUCCCAUACACUGAUGCUAAGGCACACAUGCAAAGCUGACAUGUAGAGAUACAUUGGCUUUUCCAUCUGCUGUCAGUGUGUGCUUUAGUCCACUCCCCUGCCACCUUGGAAUUGAGGCUGUCCAUCCCCUUCCUCAUUCCCAUGCGCUGACUUUCCAGUGCUUGCAGUCUACAGUUGUUUUUGGAGGCUGGUGAGGGCACAUCUCCCCUUUCUCUCUGGACUGGCUGGUAAUGCAGUUCUGCCCACUCUUGUUUAUGCUUGCAGUAGGCUGUUCUCCCUUGACUGCUCUCCCAUCUGCUGCUGGAUUGCAGAAUGGGUUUUCAGGGGCAGCUGCUGCACUCUGUUUCCUAAAGCAGGCUCUGUAUACUCUGCAUUAAGCCUUCUGGUCUCCUGUCUUCAAAAGGGAGGAGGGAGAGUGCCUCUCUCAAGAGACCAGCACAGCUAUUGUCACAGAAACAUACUCACCUUUUCCCAGCUUUUGCAACCUUUUUCCCCCUUGCCUCCCUAUCCAGUGGAGGGGAAACUGCAGCAACACAGUUUUCUAGGGAGCAAGAAUCCUUCUUUCUUCCCAUCCUCUCCUCAGGACUUUAUCUGCCUUUGUCAGAGAAGUUUUAAGGUGAAUUUCAGAAGUGGAACCACAGAGGGGAGGUUUUAGGCCUUGUUUUUUUAGAAGCAGUGCUGGUGAGAUGAGGGAGGGAGCAUCUUUCUCAGGCAUUCCGUCCAUGUUAGGCAGUGUCUCAGACAGGAUCCUGUAUACAGUGAUAAGGCAACAUUGCAUUUUAAAUUAUUUAAUCCUUAGAGUACUGCUAUUUCCUAGAUUGCCAGAUGUGUACUUUGAACUUUGUGUGUAUAUAUAAAGUCUGUAGUCUCUCAAAAGUUAACAGAAACUCCAUUUCUAUGAUUUUUGUGUUUUGUAAGUUUUGCAGCAGUCAGUGUUGGUCAGCUGUGGAUUGCUUUUCAUUCUGCUUCCCAGAUUUUUGUCCCCCCCUCUUCCUUUCCCUGCUUUCCACUGCCUUUCUGAUGUCAGCCUUCCUACCCUAAAAGCAGACAGGUGAGACUUGGAGCCAAUAGGCUACUGGGGGGAAAUUCCCCUUUCUUUUAAUUACUUGAAGGUCAACAAAAAAUAUUAAAGUAUCUGGGUUGUCAGGAGUUCCCCAUCAGUUCAUUUCUUCAGUGUGAUGUCACACCUUACCUGCUGCUGACUCCAGUAUCAUGGUCUUCACACAGAAUUGAGCAGCAGCAUGGUUUGGAAUGAUCAAAAGUACAGGUACAAAAAAGGUGAGAGACAACCAGGAGCAAGCCACUGUCUGAGCUGGCUUGAGAACAGUUGCAGCAUACAUAUCUGUAUAUAGAUUUUUUUUUUUAUGUGAAUGCUUUUACUUCUUCCUGGCAACCUAAUGAAUUAAUAUUUUAUGGCCAUUUCUUGCUGCUAUUGAGCUCAUCAAAUGGAGACUGAAGUUGCCUUUUUGUCUUUUCUGUAGACUUUGCUCCACUUCACUUGAAUCACUUCCAUCGUUUUUCCCCCUUCAGAUUUGCCCUCCUCUGAGGUAGCCACAAAUCUGUUCUCAGGAGGCAAAUGUUCACUUCCUACAGGCAGCCAUCACAGUGGGCAACAGCUGCCCUGGCAGUGGCAGCCUUGGCAAAGGCCAAAGAUGUAAUGUGUCACAGGGACGUUGCAACUAGGGAGUAUUUCAAGAGCAGGGUCAGGCAUAAGGGGCAGCAGAUGCAGGGAAGGAGGAGCGGGGCAGGUGUGCAGGAAACUUACACUAAUGCCGUACCCAACCUGUGGGUCGAACAUACUUGCAGAGAGGCAAACAAAUUGGCACCUUGCAGUAUUAAAUGCAGUACAGAUGUUAUGUACAGCUUGGAGAGCUGUCCCAACUCGAGGCAGGCUCCUUCCUAGUCAAAGCUGUAGCACAGAGCACAGGGACCUAAACCUGAAUGUAAAAGGGCAGCUCCUGGCUGCCUUCCUGGCAGAGCAGCUCAGAGACAAUUUGAUUGUAAGAGGCCCAGAGCGUGUGUUUGGUUGGUUGCUCCCUGGGCUCCAAGAGUGCCUCUGUGUUCUGCUAGAGUGUAGCUCAUGUGAGCUUCCCAUGAGAUUGUUGUCUUGUUGCCUGUAACCAGAGGGUGAGGACCACCUUGCUCAGCUGUGGGGUUUCACUGCUGCUGAGCUCCACCACUAAUUCUUCAAGUCAGAUGGCUUUAUUUUCCUGUGUUUGUAAAGCAGGUAUGGAAACAAGAGGCUGCUUUCUGCCUCCUGGUGAGCUGCCAUCAGGGGCCUCACUCCUAACAUGUGGGUACUCACAGUGAGAAGUGAAGGGAUGGUGAUGCCCCAUCUCUCAGGCCUGGAGGCUGUGGAUUUGCAAAGGGGAAAGUCUCUAAGUGCAUGGUCUGUGACAGAGUGUGUGAAAUUAUGAAAUAAAAAGACUUUCCACAGUAA